CAAGCUCCCAUCAAUACAUCGCAUAUCUCCCUACACAUCCACAGCGGAGGCUCGAGCUCGCAAAGUCCACACGCAGUUUCAGAGGACUCGGGGGAAGAGAUGGCAGUAAAAAAAAACAAAAACGCAAACGCGAGCGAGAAAACCCCCACAAACCCCCAACAAGAUGACGUGGCGAAGAAGAUCCCCAAAGUCAGCAAAGCUGCGGACAGUACGCCGGCUCCGAGCUGCGGGUCCGGCUCGGGAACGCUGCUGAAGUUAAUAUCUGGACUGUGUUACUUGGUUUUAGUGGCUGGAGCUGGUUUCGCAUCGUUUUAUCUCCAGCAAGUUCUCACAGAGGUCAACCAGAUCAGCGCACGGAAUGAAGAAGCGAUGCAGAAGAAUGCAGCAGUGGUGCAGAAAGUUGAACAUGCACUUCAACAGGUGAACUCUAUGAAGUCUUCUCUGGACAGCUUGGAGGCCUCAGUGGGUCGAGCCCAGAUCGAACUGGAAGCCACUAACCGGGCCGUGCGUAAAGGAGAGGCAGAGACUCGAAGAGUUGAGGAAGUGCUUCAAAAGCUUCAAAAUGAAAUCCUCCGCGACCUCUCUGAAGGAAUCCGGGAGGUAAAGCAGGCACGCGAGAAUGAUUUCUCCUCUCUGGAGCGAACCCUGGAGGAUCGAUUGGCUGAGCUGAGCCGCUCCAUCGCCGACAGCGUGGCGGAGUUUACAAGUGCUCAGGGCGAAUCCCAGGCCCAACUUAGUGAACUCAAAGCCAGACUGGAGGACCACAGUGAUCCCAGUCUUCUUAAACAUGAGCUCACAUCCAUUACCAACACCGUAGCUGAGCUGCACACCGCCAAUGAAGUUGCAGAUGGCAACAUGGGUGUUCUGAGGGAGCAGAUUGAAUCUGUGCGGACAGAGCUACAGACUAGGAACAAGGAAGUGGCUUCCAUGUCGGAAGAGAUAGAAGCAGUGAGGUCUUUGGUACAAAGCACUGCUGGAUCAUUGAGGCAAGAAGUGACCACAGCACAGGCCAGCGUGCAGAGCAUGGCUGACCAGAUUCAGAGCCUGCAGGACGGACAGGAACGGUCCAGCGAGAGCCUACGGGGCCUGGAGACAGAGCUGAGACAAGAACUAGCAAAGGCUGUGAAGACAGGAGAUGAUCUAGAGGUCAGACUAAAGUCUGCAGAAGAUAGCACAGAAGCACUGGCAUCUUCUGCCACAGAACAGACAAGCAAAUUUGAAGCAAUUCUCGCCAAAUGCGACACCUAUGAGAGCUCACUGGCUGCCCAGAGCAAGGCAGCCGAAAAGGCCAGUCAGGCCCUGAAAGACGAACUGGAGAAGUUGAGAAGCAACCUGGUGGAGCUCCAGAAUAGUGUAUAUGGUUUGGACAACACUUAUGUCAGGAUAGAAGCAAUUGAGCAGAGGCUGAAUGCUCUUGAUGUCAAUGAAGAAGCUAUGGAAGAGCCAAUGGUACAAACUGAGAAAGCUGAAGAAGAGGCAGAGAAUGCCAAUGAGGAUCAAGAAUCAGUAACUGAGGAAGAGGCAACGACUGAGGCAGCAGCAGAGGAAAUAGCUGAAGAGGAAGAGUCAGUUGAGGAAAAGGUGGAGAAAGAGGAAGCAGAAAAGCCAGUUGGUGAGGAGCAGUGAGCCAGGGACCUUUAGGGUCAUUCAGCACAAAGAGCAGGGACAAAAUAAGCAGUAACAAAAAGAAGAGUGGACUGUGAAUCUGAAAAAAUACACUUUCUGCACUGUAGUUUCUUCCCCUUGAACUUUUUUUAAAAAUUGUUAUACAGGUUGUCUUUUAAACUCAGAUGCAACAUUUUGAAUGUGUCAACAUUUUUGUUUUUUCAAUAAAAUACUUAAAAUAUUA